AUGCCCGUCUACGAUCCCACGCCCGAUGUCUGGACCAUCAAGUUCAAGAACGCCCGUACAACCAUCGUUCUAUACGUCUACCAACUUCAAACCCUCUCCAGCAUCAAAGUCGAGCUCCUACACGCUCUCAAAACCGCAAAUCCCUCUGGUCAGCUAAACGGCGCAACACUACCCGACUCACCAGACGAUAUUGAAUUCGCCAAACCUCGCGACCUCUCAAACCCCGGCGCUUCAGGAUGGCAAAGCAUUGAAGCGAACGCUCCGGUGGAAGACUUUGAUGUCGAUCUACUCGGAGGAGGAGACGUCACACCCAAGGGCAAAGGCAAGGGAAAAGCAAUGGCAAAAGGCGCAAGUCAUAAGGAUUGUAUGCUGGGUGCGGGCUUGAAGGACAACUCGAUCGUGGCCUUCAAGUUCAAGGGUCAGAAGACUGUCGCUAGACCUGUUGGCGAUGACGUCGAUGAGGGCUUGGGUUUGGAUCUGGAAGACGAGGUUGCGCCCGAUGCAGACGGCUGGAAUGUCGAAUUGCCCAAGUUCGAGGAUGUCUACGGCUUGAACGAUCUGGUGCCUGAUGACCAGCUUCUUACCCCCAAGGCUGACAAGUUCACCUGGGCUGCUUGA